GCUCGAAGUCGUCCAAGACGCUGAACGAAGUCAGACUGAUGGGCGGGCAGGCUGGGCAGACGCUUGUGGAUGGUUACCCGUCGCCAGAUCUUCGCUUGACGCGCUGCGUUGUCGUCUCCGACGCCGAGUUGGGCAUGGGCCUGACGUCAAAGUUCAAGGAGACCGAGGCAAAGGCCAACUCGGGGUCCUUGGGCAGCUGCGCAGCGACCCGCUUCAUGGUUGAGCGGCUCCAAGAGCAGAAAGUGCUCAUCCAAGAGGCGCGGCAGUCGAAGUUGAUUUCGCAGACGAAGACAAAGGGCAAAAUGAGCGAUGUCCUUCAGAACUUGAAGAAAGCAAAGGCUGAGGACGACGGCUUGUACGUGUCAGAGGACGAGGACGCACCGGCGGAGGCCGACGAGGACGAAGUCCGGGACGCUGACGUGGUGGCUGGGGUUAAGACCAGGGCCAAGGACUCCGACCCUUACAAAAAGAGGAGCUAUGCCAACGGCUGGUCGGAGUCUUUGUGGCUAGACGUGUUCAAGAUGCUCUCGCCAGCGGUUGUUGUGGCCCUG